AUGGCACAAACGUUGGCGCAUUCUGAAGGCAGCGGAAUUCGGCGGAAUAUCAAACACUUCGCCUCCACUUCCCCCUCCCGUCGCCUCCACUUCCCCCUCCCGUCGCCUCCACUUCCCCCUCCCGUCGCCGCCACUUCCCCCUCCCAUCGCCUUCCCUUUUCCUUCCUGUCGCCUGAACUUCCCCCUCCCGUCGCCUCCACUUCCCCCUCCCGUCGCCGCCAGUUCCCCCUCCCAUCGCCUUCCCUUUUCCUUCCAGUCGCCUCCACUUCCCCCUCCCGUCGCCUCCACUUCCCCCUCCCGUCGCCUCCACUUCCCCCUCCCGUCGCCUCCACUUCCCCCUCCCGUCGCCUCAUCUUCCCCCUCUCGUCGCCUCCACUUUCCCCUCCCGUCACCUCAUCUUCCCCCUCUCGUCGCCUCCACUUCCCCCUCCCGUCGCCUCCACUUCCCCCUCCCGUCGCCUCCACUUCCCCUUCCCAUCGCCUCAUCUUCCCCCUCCCGUCGCCUCCACUUCCCCCUCCCGUCGCCUCAUCUUCCCCCUCCCGUCGCCUCCACUUCCCCCUCCCGUACUUCCCCCUCCCGUCACCUCCACUUCCCCCUCCCGUCGCCUCCACUUCCCCCUCCCAUCGCCUCAUCUUCCCCCUCCCAUCGCCUCCACUUCCCCCUCCCGUCGCCUCAUCUUCCCCCUCCCGUCGCCUCCACUUCCCCCUCCCGUCGCCUCAUCUUCCCCCUCCCGUCACCUCAACUUCCCCCUCCCGUCGCCUCCACUUCCCCCUCCCAUCGCCUCAUCUUCCCCCUCCCGUCGCCUCCAAUUCCCCCUCCCGUCGCCUCUACUUCCCCCGCAACGACAAAUGCCAAGUACUAGAACACAUACCUGCUAGCGUUCAAGUAAUCUCCGUUACCAUCAACACCACCCACUCAUCAGCACUAUCAACACCACCCACUCAUCAGAGCCAUCAACACCACCCACUCAUCAGCAUCAUCAACACCACCCACUCAUCAGCACCAUCAACACCACCCACUCAUCAGCACCAUCAACACCACCCACUCACCAGCACCAUUAACACCACCCACUCAUCAGCACCAUCAACACCACCCACUCAUCAGCACCAUCAACACCACCCACUCAUCAGCACCAUCAACACCACCCACUCAUCAGCACCAUCAACACCACCCACUCAUCAGCAUGAAAUACAAGUUGUUCGUCAUUGUCUUUUGGUGUUGGGGUCUCCCAUGUAA